UAAGGACAAAAAGCUCUUAAAAUUUGCUCUAUGUUAUUAUGCUAUGAUCCACAACUUCCAAUUCAAGACAAAAAGAUCUGAACCAAGAGAGUACCUGGUAACCUGUGUGGAUGACAAUUGUAACUGGUUACUUAGAGCUUCAAAGUUCAGGAAAACAGAAACAUUUAAAAUCAGAAAGUAUGUAAAAACUCACACCUGCUCCUUGGAUAUCAUUAUGGAAGACCACAGGCAGGCUAAUUGCAAUGUCAUUGGGGAACUAAUAAAAUCAAAAUACAUGUCAAUAAAGAGAGUACACACACCACAUGACAUAAUCAACGACAUGCUAGAUGAUUUUGGUGUUUCAAUGGGGUACCAAAAAGCCUGGAGAGCAAGAGAAAAAGCUUUAGAAUUGGCAAGGGGAAACCAAGAUGAUUCAUACCAAAAACUUCCCAUCUACCUUCACAUGCUAAAAGUAUCGAACCCAGGUACAAUUACACACCUGGUUACAGACAAUACAGAUCACUUCAAAUAUAUGUACCUAGCAUUUGCAAAUUCCAUCAAAGGAUGGAAACACUGUAGGCCAGUCAUUGUGAUAGAUGGAACUUACUUGAAGACAUCAUUUGGGGGAACUUUAUUCACUGCUUCAACAAUUGAUGCUAACAACAACAUAUUCCCAUUAGCCUUUGGAAUUGGAGACUCUGAAAAUGAUUCAUCAUGGUUAUGGUUUUUCACAAAGCUAAAGGAGACAUAUGGAGAAAGAGAAGGUAUGGCAAUCAUUUCAGACAGGCAUAAAAGCAUAGAAAAUGCUAUAGACCAUGUAUACCCAAAAGCUUUCCAUGGAGCAUGCAUAUUCCACCUGUUAAACAACAUCAAAGUCAAUUUUGGUGUCCAUGGGGAGGACCUAAACCUAAACUUUGUCAAAGCAGCAAAGGCAUACAGGGUACAAUCAUUUGAGCAUUACAUGCAUGAAAUAGACAAGAUUGACACACGCAUAAGACCGUAUUUACAAAAAAUUGGAUAUUCAACUUGGUCUAGAUGCCAUGCUCCAACAAGAAGAUAUACAAUGAUGACAUCAAAUAUAGCUGAAUCAAUAAAUGCUGCAUUGAAAGCUGCAAGAACGCUGCCAAUCACUACAAUGAUGGAGGGCCUUCGAAGUUUAGUUCAAAAAUGGGUAUGGAAAAAUGGUAACAAAGCAAACGGAACAUUCACACAAGUAACAACAGAUACUGAAACUGUGCUUAGAGAAAACUUUAUUCGUGCCAUUAAAUUUCAGGUCUUCCCAGUAAACACUAUACUGUACCAAGUUGUGGUUGAACAGAAAGGAAAUUUUUUGGUCAACCUAAUGGAGAAAACAUGUGAAUGCAAAAGAUUCCAACAAGACGAAAUACCGUGUGCACAUGCAAUAGCAGUAUUCGCCAAAACACGGCUGAAAACAUAUGAUUAUGUUGCUGAUUACUACAAAACUACAACUAUGAAAGCAACAUAUGACUCAACUGUUCAUCCAUUGCCAAAUGAAGGCGAAUGGACACUGCCAGAGACUUUAAACAUAAUUGUCCUACCACCAAAAUCAAGAAAACCACCAGGCCGCCCUAGAAGGAAAAGAAUCAGAUCUAGAGGAGAACCAAAGGUGCAAAUAAAAUGUGGAAGAUGCGCACAGCAAGGGCAUAACAGAAAAACAUGCAGGAAUGAACCAAUCCCAAAGCUGCGAAACACAACAAAGUCAAAGAAAAUAGACAAAUAAUUUUCUAAAGAAUAGAUAUACUACAAUUUCAAUAUUUUCAUUUCAUGUAAUAAAAUUGUAUCCUAAUGUUUUCUACUUCAAUAAAAGUACAAACUUUUUAAACAUUUUACAUUUUAUAAACUUGAUACUCAACUUCAUGGUUCCAAACACAAAGAUAUUCCAAAUCUGGAUACUCAAGUACCUGGUUACAACACAUAUUAUAGAAAGAAAAAAAGACAGAUACUAUAAGUAAAUUUAACAAACAACUACAUAUACAUGUAACCAACGAUUUAAAAACCUAAUUAUAAAACCACAAAUCUUUCACAAAAAACAAAAAAACAUAAAAUAUUAUAAACUUGAUACUCAACUUCUAGGUUCCAACACAAGAUAUUCAAAAACUGAAAAUUCAAGUACCUGGUUACAACACAUAAAAAUAUAAAAAACAAAAAGCAAUCACUAUAAGAAAUUUUAACAAACAACUAUAUAUUAAUAAAACCAACUACUUUAAAAACCUAGUUAUAUAAUCAGAAUUCGUUCACACAAAAAAAAAACAACAAACAUAAAAAAAUAAAAUAUAAUUUAAAAAAUAGAAAUAAAAACUAAAGAAACAGUAACCAGUUACCUGAAACAUAUAGCUUUUACAAUCUAACACAGAAGUAACCGGUUACACCAUCUUCAUACAAUAAUAAUUGAAACCUAUAUGAAAAAAAAAACAUGUACAUCACAAUAUCUUCACACUUUAAAAAAAAAAAAAAAAAACUCCAACACUAUUGAAUAAAAAAACAUACACAUUAAAAUAAUAUACAUUAAAAAAAACUUUAUAUUAAGCCAAAAGUUGAAACCAAUUCUUUACAUUGACCAAAAAAAAAAAAAAAAACCAUACAUAAGUCCAGUACUAAAACAGUACCCAGUUACAAACCACAACUUCACUAUUAAACAACGAAAGAAAAAAAAGACAUGGUCGUUAAUACAGCUAAAAAAAAAAAUAAACUCCAACAUUUCUACUUAUAAUUCCUCCUUCUCUUUGAUUUCUUUGAUGGACCAUCAUCUUCUGUCUUGUACCCACCAAUCUGCUUCUUUUUUGCAUGACUAUAGAAGUUAAUGGCAAGA